AUGAGGAUUCGGUUCGCCAUCUCUGUCAGCUUGGCUGGAGCCAUAUCACCGUGUGAAGCUGCACGGGAAAGGGAUUAUACUUCACACGUCAAUCCUUUCCUCGGCACUGAAGGCCCAAUACCUGGCUCCGCGUAUCAAGGCGGCAAUGUCUUUCCCGGAGCGACUCUGCCGUUCGGCGCCGUCAAGGUCGGAAUCGACACAACUCGAUGGGAUACAAAUUACCAAGCCAACGCUGGCUACACCCCUGAGGGCAACGUUACGGGCAUUUCCAUGCUGCAUGUUAGUGGCACAGGUGGUGCGCCAACGUACGGCUUGAUACCACAGAUGCCGCUCACCAGUCUUGAGGGGGUGAAUUUGCUGGACAACUUAACAUACAUGCAGCCAAGGACGGAGCACGAUACAGCGACAGUGGGGUAUUACAAGACCAGUCUUCAAAACGGUGUUGUGGCAGAGAUGAGUGCCAGCAUGCACAGCGGCAUCAUGAAAUACUCGUUCCCAAGCAGUGGUAACCAGCACAUUAUCGUCGAUCUCAGCCACUACCUACCAACUCGUGGCAAAGAAUCCCAAUGGUACAGCAACGGAAGAAUUGAACUUAGUGACGACGGAAGCUGGUACACCGGUUACGGUGUGUACAGAGAAGGUUGGGCCCUCGGUGGAGACUUCAAAGUGUACUUCUGCGGACAUUUUGAUACAGCCCCAACCAAUGUUGAGCUCUUCUCUGGGAUGUACACCGACCCGUACUGGCCCAAUGCGACUGACGUCCAACCUUCAUUUGCCAACAAUGGCAACGCCAUCUGGGGCGGAACCGAUGGCUACCAGUAUGCGGACCGGGUCGGUGCUCUCUUCACCUUUUCAACGAACAGUUCCACAGUCACAUCCAAAGUGGGCAUCUCCUGGAUCUCAUCAGACAAGGCCUGCCAGUUUCUGAAUGACGAGAUUCCUCAUUGGGACCUUCAUGUCACGGUCGCUGAGGCCAGAGAUCAUUGGAACAACGAAGUGCUGUCCAAGAUUGACGCAAACACUCAAAACCAGACGCUAUUGGAAAUGUUUUACACUGGGCUUUAUCAUGCACAUCUCAUGCCGUCAGAUCGCACAGGGGAGAAUCCCAACUGGGUUUCGGACGAGCCAUACUAUGAUGACUAUUACACUCUAUGGGAUACCUUCCGAUGUACCCAUGCCUUGAUCUCUCUAAUCCUUCCGAGACGGCAAAUCGACAUGAUCAGGUCCAUGAUCGACAUCUGGCGUCACGAAAGAUUCAUGCCCGAGGGUCGCAGCCACAAUCACAAUGGCCGCGUUCAGGGCGGCUCCAACUCAGACAACAUUCUCGCCGAUGCGUACGUCAAAAACCUGGACGCCCACCAGCUUAUCAACUGGACGGAUGGAUACGCUGCCAUGCGCACCAACGCCGAAUUACAGCCUUACAACAACUUUGACUUCAACGAUCCCACGGGGAGCACAAAAGAAGGACGAGGCGCUCUGGAUGACUGGAAAAAAUAUGGAUACGUAUCAGUCAACUACGGGAGAAGCGUGAGUAAGACAGUCGAGUAUUCGCUCAAUGACUUCGCGGUCUCGCAAGUGGCGCUAGGCGAGGCCCCGGAGGAGGCCAAAACAUACUUGAAACGUUCCGCGAUUUGGAACUCGGAGGCAGAAGCGCAUAAUCACACUGGCUUUCUCGCACCGCUGCAGCCUAACGGUACAGUCCUCGAACCGUAUGAUCCACUAGCAUGCGGCGAAUGUAAUUGGCAAGCCAUUUCUUAUGAAGGUACUCCGUGGGAGUAUAGCUUUGGCGCACCUCACGACAUGAGCACACUCAUCUCCCUCAUGGGUGGCCCCGAAGUAUUCGAAGACCGGCUGGAUACAAGUUUCGUUCCUGACCUCGGAGCACAAGAUCAAGGCAAUAACGGAAUUGGGUCCAUGAUAUACAACCCAGGCAAUGAACCUAGCUUCAUGACACCGUUUCUAUACAACUACAUCCAAAGGAAACAGUGGAAGAGCGUCAUGAGAAGUCGGGCCAUCGUUGAUGAAUUUUACCAUGCUGGAUCGAGCGGGAUUCCUGGCAACGAUGACGCUGGGAGCAUGAGUAGCUGGCUCGUCUGGAACAUGCUCGGGCUUUACCCUGUCGUAACACAACCUGUGUAUUUGAUUCUUGCACCACGAUUUACAUCUUACAGCAUGAAGGUUGGGGUAAAUGGGACACUACGGGUCACGGCCAAGGGUAUCGACGAUGGUCCCUAUAUACAAAGCCUCAAGGUGAAUGGAAAAGAAUGGGAUAAGAGUUGGGUAAGCCAUGAGGAUCUCCUUGGCGGAGAUCAGAGGGGAGGCUUACUGGAGUUUGUUCUGGGCAAGAGGCCGGUCUCGUGGGACUCUGGAACGGUGCCCCCAAGUCCAGGCGCUCUGAGCACAUAGCUAGAUUUGUAAACAUAAUAUGAUCAAAUUUGAUUCCAG